UCCCCCAGUUAUUCGCUGCUCCAUGCAUCCAGGAAAGCAUUUAGCAAUGUUAAAGUCAGCAUAACCAACCAGUGGACCCCAUCCAGUCUAAAUGCCUCUAUGUCCAUCGUCGACCCAAACUCGACUUGGAAUGGCAGUCACCUCUUCCCCAAUACCAAUUCUGCCACCAUCUUCCUGGGCCUCCUGGACACCAUUUUCCUCUUUUCCUAUGCAGUGGGUCUGUUUAUCAGCGGGAUUAUUGGCGACCGGUUAAACAUGCGUUAUGUACUCACUUUUGGCAUGUGUUCAUCGGCUGUAACUAUGUUUGUGUUUGGCACGCUCACAGAGUGGCUGCAUUUUUAUAACAAGGUCUUCUACUGCUUCGUGUGGGUGAUAAAUGGCCUACUUCAGUCCACAGGCUGGCCCUGUGUGGUAGCUGUCAUGGGGAACUGGUUUGGAAAAUCUGGACGCGGCCUUGUAUUUGGACUCUGGAGUGCCUGCGCAUCUGUUGGGAAUAUUUUGGGAGCUUUCCUUGCAUCAUCUGUUCUAAAAUAUGGCUAUGAGUAUGCAUUCCUCGUAACAGCAUGUGUGCAGUUUGCUGGUGGUGUGAUCAUUUUCUUUGGCCUGGUGACAUCUCCCAAGGAGCUAGGUUUACCAAACGCUGGAGAACAGGAGGGUGAGACCAGAGACCAGGAGGAAGAGGCUAACCGACCGCUUAUCAGUGAGGAUAAUGAGGUGGACAGUGAUGCGAGUUAUUCUGUCCAGGCUCCGGAUACCCCCAGCACACCUAAAGCGAUCAGCUUUAUGCAAGCCUGCUGCUUACCGGGAGUGCUGCUGUAUUCUCUGGCCUACGCCUGUCUGAAGCUGGUGAAUUACUCUUUCUUCUUUUGGCUUCCCUUCUAUCUGAGCAUAAACUUCAACUGGAAAGAGGCGGAGGCAGACCAGCUGUCUAUCUGGUAUGACAUCGGAGGAAUUAUAGGAGGAACAGUCCAAGGGUUUAUCUCGGACAUCAUGCAAAAAAGAUCACCUGUCUUGGCUAUUAGUCUGGUGUGUGCAGUGGGAUCCCUAUUUGGAUACAGCCGCUCCCCAAAUAACAAGCCCUUGAAUGCUUUCUUAAUGGCAAUCACUGGCUUUUUCAUUGGCGGUCCCUCAAACAUGAUCAGCUCGGCAAUCUCUGCAGACCUGGGCCGACAGGAAAUGGUUAGAGGCAGCAGUGAGGCACUAGCUACGGUAACCGGCAUUGUGGAUGGAACUGGAAGCAUGGGAGCUGCUGUGGGCCAAGUUCUGGUGUCAGUGAUCCAGGGAGGACUGAGCUGGAUGUGGGUCUUUUAUUUCUUCAUUCUUAUGGUAAGAUCCAAUCGCGCACAGCAGAGCUGA